AUGUCAAAACAAUAUUUGACCACGCAUACCGUGGAUAAUGCCCACAUCACCGACAUCUUUUCCAUUGCGACGACAUCCAAAGCUGUAAUCUCAGGCAGUGGAUCUUCCACGCUUCACAUUCAUGAUACAACUGAUGCUUCAUUCCCACUCAAGCAGUCCAUCUCAGAUGCACACAAGUUGGGGUGCCACCACGUGUGCACCUCACGGAAUGGCAACGUCGCAGCGAGUGCUGGAUUUGGCGGCGAGGUAAAAAUUUGGAAAGUCGACAACGACACUGGCGAAUGGAGUUUAAACGGCGAGAUUACAGGAUCCUCAUCUAAGCCUGGUGAAGCCUGGGCCAUGGCGUUGAGUGAGAAUGGGUCUUACCUGGCUACUACUACAAACGAUGGCCGAGUCAACGUUUGGGAUGUUAUGGAUGAGAAGAAGCCCAAGAUUCGUGAGUACGAAACCGGAAGUGCUGGAUCGGGAAGCUUUGGCAUGUCAGUUGACUUGAGCCGGGAUGGGAAAUACACCGCCAGCGGCCACCAGAAUGGAUCUGUCUACAUUUUCAACAAUGAUACGGGAAGAGUCCUGUACUCAUUAUCUGGUCUCGCAAAGCCUGUACGAUCAGUUGCCUUUUCUCCUGGUAAUACUCGACUUGCUGCAGCAGGUGACGCUGGAAUCAUCGCCCUUUACGACAUGAAACACGGAGAACAUGUUGGGAACCUGACUGGACACUCCUCAUGGAUCACAUCACUCGACUGGAGUGAUACAGGAGAGUACCUGCUAAGUGGUUCAAUGGAUGGAAAGGUCAAGCCAGCGCCUGUUCGCAACUCUAUCGAUUUCACUUACAAUUCAUAUUCAUCAAGCGUCAUCCUCAGCAUUCAACAGCGCCAUCUCGUUUUAGCAGCUGAGCCCACUAUGCCCACAACUCGACGAUCCGCUGCCAGCACUCGCAGCAGGGGCCCGCCAGCCAAGGGACAGUCUACUCUGAGUUUCUCAAACAAAGUCACCAAACCAGUACCCAAAAGCGCCAAGAAAUCUGCCAUCUCUGCUUCCAUCUCAAAGCUCGACCCCAGCCAGCAUGCUGCACAGCGUGAGGUUGAAAAUAUUGUUGUCGACGACCAUGAAUCCAUAGAGGUUGAUAAGGAAGAAGAAGUUGAGGCAGUCCUCGAACCUGUGAAGUCUGAAUUAGAGCUGCAAGCAGAGAAAGUUACAGACACACAGAUCAAGAAGUAUUGGAAGUCCAUUGAAGGGCAAUGGACUACGCCGCGAUUGCACCAGCAAGAUGUGUCUUUGAGUGAGAAGGUUCUUCGAUAUUUCGAUGUCAGCUCACAAUAUGGUCCCUGUAUAGGCAUGCAUCGCAUUAAGCGCUGGAAACGAGCUGAACGCCUGGGCCUCAACCCUCCAAUUGAAGUCCUAGCUGUUCUUCUCAAGGAAGAAAGCAAGGGUAAUGAUAAAAUUGAAACGGCUCACAUGGAUGAGAUCCUCAAUUCGACUGCUGUAGGUGCCUGA